AUGAUGACUGAAUACCCCAUUCCUUGGGAGGCCCGUGCCGCGAAGAAGCGGGAAGACACUCUCGCAAAGAUUCCGGCAGAAUGGCGACUAAGUCCUGCCGACCUCGAGCUUGCGACCAAGCAGCGAGAUAUUACGGGUCCUUUCAUUGAACGUUUUCUGGAGCCCGAGGUAAUCGAUGUCGUCAAAACGGACAGUGUUCCUCUGGUCAACGAUAUAAGGGCUGGCAAGCGCUCGGCGGUAGAGGUCACGAAGGCGUUUUGCAAGACGGCGGCUAUUGCUCACCAGAUUAACAACUGUCUCCUCGAAAUCUUCUUUGACAUCGCCAUCAAAAGAGCCGAAGAACUCGAUGAGUAUCUCCGAGUAAACGGCAAGCCUGUCGGUCCUCUUCAUGGCUUACCCAUCAGCUUGAAGGACCAAUUCCACGUCAAAGGCGUCGAUACCACUAUGGGCUACGUCGGCUGGAUAGGAGGCAACAUGGGCAUCACCGACCCUACCAAGACACAUCAAAUCGAAAGCCAAAUCACCAAGGAGCUGCUAGCUUGCGGUGCCGUGCUUUUCUGCAAGACCAGCGUCCCGCAAACUCUCCUAAUUGGCGACACUUACAACAACAUCAUCGGCCGCACGCUCAACCCUCACAACAACAACCUCUCCUGCGGCGGAUCAUCAGGAGGUGAAGCGGCGCUCAUGGCCCUGCGCGGAAGUACACUCGGCGUUGGCACCGACAUUGGCGGAUCUGUUAGGAUCCCAGCCGCGUUCUGCGGUAUUUUUUCCCUCAAGCCGACCCCCGAGCGCCUGUCAUAUCGGGAUGCUGCGAACACGAACCCGGGGCAGAACACUUACCGCUCCACGCUGGGGUUCAUCAGUACCUCUCUUGACGGAUGCGAGCUUGCUCUCAAGUCUGUCUUGUCCACACGGCCAUGGUUGCAGGAUCCGGCUGUAGUGCCUAUUCCUUACCGACAGGAUGUUUUCGAUAAUGUCUUGUCUCGUGCGGACACGAGUGGCAGGGCAAAGGCAGACCACCGACCGCUGAAGCUGGGUAUCCUGUGGAACGACGGCAUCGUCGAGCCUCACCCGCCUAUUCGCAGGGGAAUGGCGAUGGUCGCUGAGGCAGUGAAGAAAGCCGGACACAAGCUCGUGGACUGGAACCCGCCCUCUCACGCAACUGCUCUUAAGAUCCACCACUCCUUCCUCCUAGCCGACGGCGCCCGCGACGUCCACGACCACCUCCUCCUCUCCGGCGAGCCCCUGAUCGCCGACCUCCAAGCAUACUUCAACCUCCGAGACCCCAUCCCGCUACUCGAGUACCAGGCCUUGACCGUCCAAGGACUUGCGUGCGAGCAGGCCUAUUCGGAUUACUGGAACUCCAUGUCGGGAGAUGACGGACAGGAAGUCGACGCCGUCAUCAUGCCCAUCGCGCCCCACGCCGCCGUGAUCCCGGGGAAAUAUACUCACCUUGCUUAUACCGAGGUGGUCAACUUGCUGAAUUAUAGCGCGGCGGUGAUUCCGGUUACGAAGGCUGAUAAGGGGGUGGAUGGAGUUGAUGAGACGUAUACGCCGGUGAACGAGGUUGAUAGGGCGAAUUGGGAGUCUUAUGACCCGGAGAUCUACCAUGGUGCGCCGGUGGGGGUGCAGAUUGUUGCGAGGAAGUUUGAGGAGGAGAAGGUAUUGGGUAUUGCGAAGUUGGUGCAUGCUGCGCUUAAGAAUGCCCAGUCUCCAGCUUGAGGUUGUUGGGGAGGUGCUGGACUGCCGCGUUGGUCAUCAGGGCUGGCGGGAUCGAUAUUCGUGGUUUGGCGAUAGAAACCGCGAAGGAGGACCAACAGGCUGGGUUCGUAGGUAUGACACCAUGAUCAAUUCAUGAGGUAUGCUUGGAUGAUUGGUGUGUUGCUUCCACGCUACGGAAUAACACACUUCGGUGUAUUAUCUUUGUCGUGUUGAUGAUAGUUGGAGAGACUCGACUUGACAUGCCCGGGAAAUGGAUGUGCUGUUGAUGUCUGGCGUUGUGGCUUCUAACAGGGCAAAUCCGAUGAGGGACACGAUCCAUUCAGGAUAACAUAUGGCACCGAAGAGCCGCCUC